GGAAAGUCUGACCCGCUCACAGUCUCGUUGAUCCAGCUACGGGUAGUACGUACCGUGACGUGACAAUGGCGGUAGUCGUGAUUGCGAAACGGUACGUUAUUGUGAUCAGCUGAUCAACUGGGCUCGAAGGAAAGGGUUAAAUCGAAAAAAAGAAUACGUGAUAAAUCAUAAGAUAAAGGUUCGAGAAAGAAACGACAUAUUAGAGUUGUUCGAGAUAAUUAGGAAAGAAAAAAAAAGAUGAUAAUUGCAUUUUCGGCGAUGUCAUUGUAUUUGUGAUUCGCUCUGUCUGUAGGGCACCGGUGCUCUUUUGUGUUGUGUAUAUAGUGGUCUGCAUUUUUGCGGGUGUGUUGUGUGCACGUAUGCGUGAAAUUCGCGAAAAGCGUUAGAUAAAUGUGUCUUAACCAUGCCUGCUGUGCGGAAGUAUAGAAGGGAUACCAGUGAAGUGAGCUGCUGUCUCAAGUAUGUGAUCUUUGGAUUUAACGUUAUGUUUUGGUGGCUGGGUUUGGGUAUUAUGGCUGUAGGUGUAUGGGCAUGGACCGAAAAAGACACAUUCAACAAUUUGUCUAGGCUCACGAAUGUGGCACUCGAUCCAGCAUUUAUCCUCAUUCUAGUCGGCACAGUGACAUUUAUAAUUGGAUUUACGGGAUGUGUCGGUGCACUCAGGGAAAAUACGUGCCUCCUAGCUACGUAUGCGAUAUUUCUGGCGUUACUAUUGUUAAUGGAGAUGGCAGCUGGUGUAUUAGGCUUUAUCUUUAAAGACUGGAUAAAGUCACAAGCGACUGGUGGGUUCCAAGCUUUUAUCAUUCAUUAUAGAGAAGAUCCUGAUCAACAGAAUCUCAUCGAUUGGAUUCAAGAGGAUUGGUUACAGUGUUGCGGCAUCGAGGGCCCUAAAGACUGGGAUCGCAACAAUUACUUCAAUUGUUCAUCGAGCGACAUCGGCUCGAGAGAAGCGUGCGGCGUGCCUUUUAGCUGUUGUAAACGAAAACCAAAUGAGAUUAUCAAAAAUAAACAAUGCGGCUACGAUGUUAGGAAACCUAGCUACACUGGGGAGAGGAGUAUAUACGAGAGAGGCUGUCUAAGAGCAGGCGAAGAAUGGCUAGAAUUGAAUCUCGUACCUGUCGCUGGUACUGUUGUCAGCACUAUGGUUUUACAGAACUUUGAAGUUGCCAAAGUGAUUUAUGAAAAAGGUUGUAUUCAAGCUGGGGAGGAAUGGGUCGAACGAAAUCUUCUUGCGAUUGUAACUGGGGCGGUUGCCACGGCCUUUGCACAGAUUUUGGGGAUCUGUUUCGCUCAAAAUCUUCGAGCAGACAUAUUUGCUCAGAAGGCAAAGUGGCAUUGACAAUUCAGAGCCCCCACGGCAGUCUAGCAUCUUAUCCUAAUAGAUGCUAAUCAAUUGCGUUAAUCGAUUUGGGAUAAUCGUCCAAGUUCUCGAUAAAUAGGAGAGCUUUGACGUGAGAAUCGACACCAUUCCACGCGACACCAGGAUUCAGAAGAUCACGAAGAACGAAGUCUGAACGAAGUCGACACGAUGUUUCUUUCAUCCCUUUUUUAAAAAAAAAAAAUCGACGAUUUUCCGCACUUUCAUCCUCGUCGUUUCACAUAAAUUAUUCGGAAAUAAGAUACUUCGAAAUUUGAUCGCACACGUGAUGAUCCGUUUUCAUUUUGUAAAUUAGGUAUAAGCGUAAUGACGAAGCUGCGAAUUAUGUUUAAGCGAGUAUAUAACUGUUUCACAGUUUUAUUGAUAAUUACGAUGAAUUAUCGUUAUUAUGUUGUCGAGAGACAAUGUGUAUCGAACUGGCACAGCUGUUUCGUUUAUUUUAUAACGACGACACAAUAUAGCGUAAUACUUGUUGCAUAUUCUGUAUUUUUGUCGAAAAAGGAAAGCGAGAGAAAAUGAUUUCGUUUUCGUUUCGUUAUCGCAAUGAAAACGAUAACUUGUGAUAAGUUAAUUUCAUCAUUUUUCUAUAAUUAAGUAAUAUAAAAUGAUAAAAUAACACUCUGUGUUCAAGUAUAAAGAUAAUUUUAUAACAUAAUGUUAUAAAAUUGUGAUUUGUGAUCAUAUCGUUAUAUCAUUUAUCAAAUAUUCUAAUGGCAAAUGAUAGGGAAAAAGGAGAAAAUUAAGAGAAAAUUACUUCGAAGGAACAAAUUGAUUUUAAAAUAAUAUCUUCGAUAGUUAUAAUUUAACGGUAAGCAUAUAUCUUACGAUGAAGAAAAUUAAUUAAUUAAUUAAUUAAUUUCAUUCGAUAAGCUAGAAAAAGAAAGACACGUGUACAAAAACAAUUGUAGCGUGAAUGUGUUCAUACAUAUAUUCGUGCGACACCUAUGGGGCAAAAUUCUAAGAGGCAAAAUAUACACGAAAAUCGAUAUGCAAAAUUUCGAUUGAGACUUGUUCAAAAUUUUGAGUAUUACAAACACACAAAUAUGAGAAUACUUGAGAUUCAAAGAACCAAAUUGUCGAAUACUCACUCGAGUUCGUAAAUUUUUCCAAUUCACGUUCAUGUUUGACAAAAUUCAUUUCAAAAUACACAGGCUACUUUCAAGAAUUUAAUCCAAUCCGAUAUUUUCAAGUUCUCGAACAUCUCUAAUAAGUAAUUCAAGAACCUAAUUCUUAUUUGGAUUCUCCAUAUUUAUAUGUCACAUGAUACUUUUAAGUAUUUUCAAAUUCUCACACACGCCUCUAGCGAGUAUUCGACGAAGCUCGUCUCGAAACACGACGUGAAUUCUCUUAAUCAAUACAUUUGUAUAUCGCAACAUACUUUGAAAAAAAAUUUCCAAUAUUUUCAAAUUCUCCAACACCUUUAUACUUAUAUUAUUACCUAGAAUCAAUCCUUCAAAGGUACCUCACGAAUAUAUCAACAUUACGUACACAUUCGAAUAUCGAUGCGCAAAGGCGUGAUCGAUCGCAAAAGAUUGUCGUUUUGUUCUGAGGAAAAUUGCCGAGGAGUUCAGAUAAACGAAGAGUCGAUUGAUCAAUGGAGGGAGGACGAAGAAAACGGAGUGUUGUCUGCUCGGUUUGCGUCGUAUAAUGGUGUCGAGGUAUUAAAGUCGAUUGACGCGAUGUCGUGGGGGCGCGGUGAACACAGCCGACUUCACCGCACUAAAAUCUCGUGAUACGAGGGGUAAAGCCAUACAAUACGCGAGUGUACACAAUAACUUUCCAACUUGCUCCAAUUGAUCGUUAAAACGGUUGCUCGAGCAUAUUGAUCCCGCGUUACACGCCGACACGUUCCCUCUGUCGAUAGGUUAGGUGCCUGUUGUAUCGUAUCUCGUCACGGUUCAACCCGGCUCAACGCCGAUCGAUCGGGAACGAAAGCUGGGUGCUAGUUGCUCGAUUCGAGUUUUCGAAAAUACUGGAUUUUUCUGAACGUUGUUACCAACGUUCCGAUUUGUUCGUUAAUCGUCGACGUUGCAUUUAAUAAAUGCGUGGCUGUGUGUGUAUAGAUUGGGAUAGAAUUGCUGGAAACGGUGAAUCUUGAUAAUCGGACGAUUAUAUCGCGCGAUUGUACGAUAACGACUUGAUAAUGAUAAGAGAAGACGGUACAUAUGUAUUAAUUAUUGAAAUAUUUCGCAAGUAAUAAUUUCAAUCCUUUGAAGUCGCUUUCCAUGUGAAUGAAAUAAAUUGAAGUGAGAAUAAUGGAAACAGAGUCAAAUCAGAAAAAUAAUUAUAAGCGCGAAGGAUUAAAAGUUGUUUAUACUUUUGAAAUUAAUUUACGAUGAUUUAUAAAAUUGCAAAGAAUUCUUUUUUAUUAUUAUGAAAGAUUAAUCGAUAAUUAAUAUCAGAUAUCUGAACUGAUCAUGUUCUCCCGGAGCAAUCUUUUUAAUCUCAAUUAGAAGAAAGUUAUCCUGGCGAAUAAUAGUAAUUAUUCAAUUAAAAAUACGCAUUAUCAAAAUUAUGCUUUUAAAAUAACAUUACUUGUGAGAUGAUUUAAUAAUUUCAAUCAAGUAUAAAUGUUAAUUAAUGAAACUUGUCUCAAGGCACGUAAUAAGAUCGAGAUAAUGAAAUCACUUGAUAUUACAUUAUAACUUUCAUUCUUUUUAAAUAUAUACACUACGUACAUUAUGUGCUUCCAUCGAGACGCGUCUUGCCGAGGUCUAGUAUCAUCAUUAGCCACGGCUCGUGCCUCGAGACAAGUCUCACGGAUCAUUUUACAAUGUAUCGAUUCAAAUUGAUGAUUUUAACCGAUUAUUAAAAAUUAAACGAUUGUAUUUUUUUAUAUUUUAUUUCUUUUUCGCAUUUCAAACGAUUGUAUUCCACUCUGUACGCAACUUUCCUCGAUCGUUUAACAAACAGAGAAAAUGUCAGUAUACCUCGAAAAAUAGCGAGCACAACUGGUGACUAAUAGUAUUAUAUACAUAUAUUCGCCGAUUCAAUUUUUUUUUUAUUUUAUCCUUCGAAACUCUUUUACUCUGUUGAUUUUUUUUCCUCUUGAUUCGAAUCAGUCAAACUCGUGUAAUCUUUUUUCUUGCGAAAUUUAUUUUAUAUAUAAUUAUCUAUAUAUACCUCCUCUCUCUCUCUCUCUUUUAGUCUAUUAAACAGCGCAAAUACGCUUAAUCAAUACACGUUUACUUUUUGGAUGGAAAAAAAAUGAAAUUGGAUUAUUAAUUAUAAAAUAAGGAUGCCAUGCUUUUUGUAAAUAUUCAACCCAUUUGUACAUAUAUCCGUACGAACGUACCAAACGGAAUUUACAUACUUUUUUGUGUUCCUAAUCCGAAUGGAUAAAAAAAGAAAGAACGGAGGAAAGAUAUAAUAUUCUAUGGAUAAAUGAAAAAAGAGAAAAAAGAUGUUAAGACGAGAGAAUUUUUGAUCGUACAUAAUUUUGAAAGUUUCAUAUCUAUGUUAAAAAUAUACAAUUUCUUUAAAUUCCAAUAAUGUAAUAAAUACAUUAUCAUUUUAAUUUUAUACACACGUUAAAAUGUAACAAGAAAUAAGUUAUAUUUUGAAAGGAAACCAUUUGUUCAAUUCAAGAUUCAAGAGAAUAUGUAAUAAUUUACAGAUGUUGUGAGAUCAAUGUAAUUGAUUAACGCAAAAAAUAAUAUUUUAUAUUGCGCAUAAAUAAUGCUUCACAAAUAUAUAUACAGAUAUCUACAUAUAUAUAUAUUUCAAAACAUUAAUAUUAAUAGUGGAAGAGAGCACGAAUACAAAAUACCUGCGAGAAUGACAAUCAUAUCGAAAAUGCAAAAGCAAAAUUAUAUAAUUUACAAUAUUUUGCAACAAUUGCAUCACAUAAUUUUAACCAAUUUUAACCACUUGCACGAAACAUUGUGCAUCUCGCAUUGUGAUUAAACUUAAUUAAUUUUACUCGAAGAGAAAUGCAUUCUAAUUCUAGUCCGUCCGUUUGGUACAUCAAUUUCGGAUAUAAAUUCAACGUUUUAAUUGAUUAAUGGGACGCGUCGGCAAGACACGUUGGUCCAAUCUCUCUCUGUAAAAUCUCAAAAUUACAUUCUAUUUUGACGGAAAUUACAUUUCAGAAAAGUGAUAAAUAUCGAUCAAAUAAAUCAGUCACGAAAUAUCUGAAUAUUUCAAGACCAAAUUUAUCAAGAACGAAUUUCAUUUUUCAUUCACAAAGGGAAUUAAGCAAUUCAAUAAUUCAGAAAAAUUGGAAAUUUUACACGAUGGGAAAAUUUUUUAAUUUUUUAAUAGUUUCGACCCAUGAAACCCAUGAAAUGAAAUUCAUUUCUAAUCCGAGAUGAAAUUUUCUUAUUAAUUUUGCUUAAAAUGUAUUUAUUAUGUGAAAAAUUGUUAUGUUUUUUUUUUUCUGAAUUUUUGACUUGCUAAAUUUUUCCUUUAUCAAUUUAGCAAAAGAACAACAAUUACAUGAAAGUAUCGAGUCCAAACUAGUGAUAGCAUGUAAACAUAUGAAGCGGCUGGCCCGCGUACGUGAAAAUGUUUUCAGUUUCGAUGAAAAUAACUCUUUUAUAAAGUGGAAUAUCAAGAGGUGUACGUUCAAUCUUGAUUUUCUUGUUCUUUCCUCAAAUAAUUUUUAUACGAAUAUACAUAUGUACAUAUACAUUAAGGUGGUUCUUAAAAUACGGUAUAAAUGAAGAUUUGUAUGGAAAAUUUCUUUUCUUUCAAAACUUGUACGAUUGUUGUAAUCUGUGAAUAAAUAAUAUCUGAAUAUUA